AUGAAUGGAACGAAAGACCUUCGCAUCCAGGAAACCCCUUGGGGUGAAACCAUCCUAUCUGGCCAAUGUCGGUAUAAUAACAAUGAAUGGGACUACACUUAUAGCGAAAUGAGCCUCGAUGGUUGCCUUGGAGAUGAGCACGGCAAUUUUAUCUGGGGCGGGCAUGACUUUACCAGACGAGCUCGUCCGGGCAGCAUAAGGUUUGCUUAUGAACAGCAAACAAGAGAGCCUAUACUACGCGCCGAGCUUGAAGGAGAUUUCCGCGGUGAUUUUUCUGGGAGAGACGUAAAUCUAAAGGAACGGAUCGCAAAUAGGGGCGGCCAUCUCCAGUUGUAA